AUGAGCCAUUCAUUUGCUAUGUUCUUGUCCCUGUCAGCAUUCAUCAUAACCAUUACUUUUACUCCUACAGCAAUUUCGACUUCAUUGGCAAGUUUUGUCCCACAACAAUGGGUAGGGCCUUUUCUGGAGUCUACACUUCCUCCUUCCCAUCUGAAGAUAUUUAGGAUCCAUGAACCAUAUUUGUCAUCACCACAAUCCAACAACGUUAGCCCCACACAUGAUACCACUGAGAAUGAUAGCAAUGAGGCCAUUAUUUCCAGAGAUGACCUUGGCACCAGCUCCAGACCUGUGAGAGGUAGUAGGGGUCACUUGUCUGAUGGAAGUGAUGCUGGGCCCACCAAGAUCUGA